AUGCAAGGUAAUCGGUCAAACUCAAAUUAUCAGUUACAAUACAUGCAGAUGAAUCCAAACUUACAGGCAGGUGCUGUGGCAUCAUUUCAAGGAAAUUUUAAUGAUUUAAGUCCUCAGCAGGUCAAUAUGAUGCUACAACAGACUAUGUUACAAAAACAGCAGCAGCAACAACAACAACAAUUGCAGCAGCAACAGCAGUUGCAUAAUACAUUUUUUGGAAAAUCUAUGCAAACUGGUUGUGGGAAUAGCAAUCUUCCAGUGGGAAUACCCACAAGUCCUGAUCAAAUGCAGAAUCAAAACAGUGCUCUAAAUACAAAUGAUCCAUCAAAUUCCUCACUUGCACAGCAAGUAAAUAAGACACAAGUGCAAGUAUCCACGAGUACAGCAAAUGUGCACCCUGGGAAAACAUCACCACGAGCUGCUGGGACAUUAGCAACAGGAAAUGUUCAAUCUAAACCAAAAGGGCAAAGGAAGCCAAAAGAAAAUCCCCUGCUUCAGAAGCCCAAAAGUAGUUCCUCUUCCUGUAAUGCUGAAAUAGAUGCUAUUUACAAAGCUGUUGUUGAUGCAGCUAAUUCAGGGAUGCGUGUGGUUAUCACAGGAGAACAUGGGAAAACUGUAGAUAAGUCAGAAAUUGAUCCACUAGUGAUGGCAACCUCUUCUGAAACAUCAACAACCAUUACAGCACCUGCAUCUUCAUCAGUGUCGUCUUCACCACCAUCUUUGUCAUCAACCUCUUUAUCAUCCAUUGAAAAUUGCAAUGAGACUAGUGCCUUGAGUAAAGAUAUACCUGAAGUGGACAAUUUAUCUGCAGUUGUGAGUGAAAUUGUUCAGAAAACUGAUGAAUGCACAGAUGUGCAAGUUGAACAGUUGAAACAAAAUGAUGUUAACAGCCAUGAAACCAACAAGGCUUUAAAUCAUGUCUCCGAAACUUUGAAUGAUAAGGUGAUGCACAGUAACAAUGAUUCUUCUCAGAUAAGCCAUAGUACUGAGACAUCUGGAAAUAAUAUUGAUUCUUGUGUCAUGAGCACUGAUGAAAAUGCAGUUGUUAGUUCAAACAAUUCAUUGCACGAUGAAGUCAACAAACCAGGCUAUGAAACAGAGUGUAAUAGUCUUGAUGGGAAUAACUAUACUGUGCCAGAAAGUCACACAAACAGUCUGCUAAAUAACAAUUCAAACAGUAUAAAUAAAACAAUAGAAAGGACUUGUGAUAUAAACUCUCUUCUGGAAACUAACACUACUCAUGGUCCAGUUGAUGAUUUGGUUGAAUCCAGAAAAGCUUUAAUUAAGCACAAUCAGCUGAAUUUUUCAAAAGCAAAUGAUGUGCUUGAUUAUGGUAAUUAUGAUGAAGAUGGUUAUGAAGAUGGUGAUGAUGAUGAUGACUAUGAUGAUGAGGAUGAUGACUAUGAGGAUGAUGACUCCGACAGAAUGUCAAAGAAUGAUGGAGACUUUGACAAUCAAGAUUCACCUUAUUUUAUUGACACAAGCUGUCCACGGAUAUUCAAUUUGGGUGAUCUUGUAUGGGGUCAAAUACGUGGAUUUCCGUCCUGGCCUGGGAAGAUAGUUUCUGCAAGUGAUGUGAAAGGAACUCCGCCAUCAGAGGAAGGAAAAGUGUGGGUUAUGUGGUUUGGGGAUCAUACAUAUACACAAGUUGAGCCUGACAAAUUGAAAACUCUAUCAGAGGGUUUGGAGACUCAUCACAGAGCACGAAAAAGAAAUAGGAGAGGUCGUAAGAUGAACAGUAAUCUUGAGGCUGCCAUUCAAGAAGCAAUGAUGGAAUUAGAUGAACAGGCGUUUGAAUCAAAACCCAUUUUCAAAUCGAGGUCCAAAAUCAAGCGUAGGAAACUAAGAUGAUGACUUCUGGUAGUGGUGCUGUAAAGAAUUUUAUAUGUAUACUCCAGUUACUCCUUCCAGUCAUAGGCUGACAUUAAAGCAUGUUGUGUUGCAAACAAGUACAAUAUUUCCAUGCGAAAAUAAUUUUACACCAGAACUAUUUAUUUUGUUUUUUAUAAGGAUUAUCUUUUUUCUGACUUAUUUAUUCUUUCUGGUUGUCAUUUCCAGUGCACAAAAUUUCUUACCCACGUUUUUUGUGCAUUGAACUCUGUUGAACUCUGUUACAGGGUAAGUUCAUUAAGCCAUGAACUCUUAAUCUUCAAUGCCUUGUAUUGAAGCACCAAGUACCUAAUAUGAUGCUUUGAAUAUUUACUUGCCAGUUUUAGCUGCCGUAAUCAUUAAAUCUUUUAUUAUGUAAAUCUGUCCAAUUUUAUGUCUGUGACAAGCUCAAUUUCCA